AUGGGGGGGAGUAUGGGGGGAAGCAUGGGGGGAAGCAUGGGGGGAAGCAGCGUCGGAGGAAGUUUCAGGGGAAGCAUUGUAGAGAGCAUUGGUGGGAGUUUGGGCGGAGGAAGUAGAGGGGGAAGCAUGGGCGGGUGUGGAAGCGCGGAGGAGGAGGAGGGCUCCUUAGACUACCCCCUGUCCCCUCGCUCCCUCUCCGGACGUUUCGACCGGUUCCAGGAGGAGAUGUUCCAGUCGCACCGCUCCCAAGGCUCUCUCUCCCACGCCUCGCUCUCCCACCUCUCCGAGCCUACUCCCUCUGAACUGUCCGAUGUGGAGGCUGCUGCUGCCGCUGCUGCACGGCCGUGGGCUGAAGGGCCUUACUCCGGUGGUUCACAUGCGGAUAGAAUGGAGAUUUCGGAGGGAAUGGAGGGAAUGGAGGGAGAGGCGUUUUCACGGGAGGGGGAAGUGUUUGCCCGGGAGACAGAGGACAGGGCGAGGCUGCGGCGGCCUUGGGCAAGCAGUGAGGAGCACUAUAGCGGGGAUGGGAGGGACGGGGAUGGGAGGGGCGGGGAUGGGAGGGGCGGCGUACGACGCCAUAGCGAAGGGGGCAGGGGGACAGGUAGCGGGGGAGAGAGGGGGUGGAAGGAUGGACGAUGGAGUGAGAGUAGUGAGGCAGAGGCAGAGGCAGUGCGGCUUGGAUGUGUGAAUCGUGGAGACGCGUAUCUGAGCCCAGGUGGAGGUGGCGGAGAGUAUCUGAGCCCAGGUGGAGACGGCGGGGGUGCCAGUCUUGAAGAUGAGUACUUGCCGCUCAAGAAAGGGCCGGGGUGGUCGCCGCUUCAGCAGCAGACGCAUCAGCAUGAGCAUGAGCAUGAGCAGCGGCAGUGGCUGGGUGAGGGAGCUGAGAUGGUGGGAGACGCAGCAGAGGAGAUGCGUAGGCCGCGUGGGCAGAGCUUGGUGCUGGGAGGAGAGGGUUUAGGGGAGCAGUGGGGCCGGGGAAGCGGAGAUGAGCAACGGGUGUACAGGCAGAGAGAUGACGGUAGAGGGGGAGGAGAGGAUGAAGGAGAGGUUGAGGAUGGGAGUGAAGGUGGAUCCCUUGCGGUGGCAGCAUACGAGUCCACUAGCGGACGCUCCUUGCCGUCCGAUGCGCCGUGUGUGCCGCCCGAUGUGUCGUGCGACGCGGUGCAGAUUCCCAACGAGAUGCGCAUUGGGGAUGAGCUGGCCAUCCGAUUCACUCUCACCAACAACUCCCCCCUCCCCCUGCAAGGCGAGGUGGAGGUGGUGGCAGCAGUGGAGUGGGCAAGCGAGAGUGACAGUGAGAGGGACAGCGCGCGAGGGGCUCUCACGCCCGGCUCGCUCAAGCGGGGGGGCGAGAGGUCAGCAGGCAGGAGGCAGCGGCGGGAGAAGCGGGAGUUCCUGCCGCCCCUCGCCGCCCACGAGAGCGUGACCAUCGACGUCCAGCUGGCGCUUGACGAUUCGUCGCUGCCGGCGCCCUUCUCCCUCGCGUCGGUGUCGGCCGAGCUCGUGGCAAACGGACAGCGCUCUCACAAGCGGCGCAAGCAGGUGCGGCUGGUGCCAGGGUACAUGCCGACCACGGCUAGCGCAGGAAGCCCCACGGGGCAAUGGGUAAUGAGUGCCGCGGGGGGCGUGGGGCAGCAGCAGUGGGCGGAGGUGCUGUUGCUGACAGAUGAGCGCUUCACCUCAACGCAAUAUGGCGCGUGGCGCUCCAUCUGUUGCCUGCUCGGGCUGCAGCACGCGGUGUGGGACAUUCGGUUGCAGAAAGGUCUGCUCGCACCCGACGCCACAACACCCACCGCAGCAGCAGCAGCAGCAGCAGCAGCAGCAGCAGCAGCGGCGGCGGCGGCAAGCUCCAGCAGGAGGGAGGGCGAGCCCCAACGCGCCCAGCACAUCAAACCCCAAAUCGCCGCGUAUUUCUGCCACCAGUACCGGCACCGGCACUGGCGGCGACAACAACCCUCCCGGGUGGCUAUCCCGACACGCCCUCGUCGUCCUGCCCCACGCCCCCCCCACCUCCAAGCUCCCCCCCCUUCUGCUGCGCGUGCUGCCCCAGAUGGUCGCAACCAGGGGAGGCGUGUAUGGGGCCGAAACCGUGGGUGUGCUUAUAGGGGGGGUCUCUGCCGCCCAGCUGGCAAACCACAUGCUGGAGCUGGCACAGACUGUGGAGGAGGAGGGGGGGUGGCGGGUGGGGGGGUGAUGUCGUGCUUUCUGCCGUUUGGGCAGAGGAGUCCGAGAGGGGGCGGUGGGAGCGGCGGCGGCAGUGGGAAUGGUGUGGCGCUAGCUGCCACUGCACAGGCUCAGAAGCUCAGGGCUGAUCUGCGAAGCGAGUUUCCCGAGUAUCGACACUUUGUGGAGAUCCAUCUGCCCUCGGACCAGCAACAGCAGCAGCAGCAGCAGCUGCAACCACAGACGCAGACCCAAAAGAAACAGCAGAAGCAGCAGAAGAAGCAUCAGAAGGAGCAGCAGGAGAAGCAGGGGGAAGGGGGGGGCAGCAUGGCUCGAGUGCGCGUCGCCCGGGGCCACCUGCCUUCUCUCUUCCGCCUGCACGCCCUCCCCCUCGCCGCUGACAUCACUCUGCCGCCCACUUCCGAUACCCUCGCCGCCCCCCUGCCGACCACUGCCCAGCCCAUCACCUCCCACUCCCUCCCCUCCUUUCCCUCCUCCUCCCCCCCUAGCCUCACCCAGCUUCCCCGCUUCUCCGUGUCUUCCGAGCCUCCGGAACUCAGCCUGCCAUGGCAGUCGCAACAGCACCAGGUGCAGCAGCUGCCAAUGGGGACACAGCAGGCGGGCUUUAACCAGGUGCAAUCCUCGGGCCCCCGCUUCGGCAAGGUCCCGAGGCUGAUUCCGCUGGGCGGCGAAGACUCGGUGUAUGGCGCGAGUGUGAUGGGGGUGCUGGCAGCGCUGCCAAUGCAGGUGAAGGUGGAUGUGGUGUUCAGAGUGGUGCAGUGGGGUUCCAGCCACUUUGACCUGCCUACUUUUGAAGGUUUUGUGGGGACGAAACCCAAGCGCCUCCCUCUGCUGCUGCUGGUUUCCUUGGCUAUUUAUGAAGAUUUGGUUCUGGAUUGUCGCAGCGGGUGGCGGGACAUGCCGCACUGUGCCGCCCUGCUGCAGGUGAUAGAGAGGAGGGAGCGGGCGGCAGCGCCUGUCUGGGACUGGCCGCCCACUCAGCCAUGCGUGGAUGCUCUGAUGGCGCCUCUCAUGCUGCUGCACACCAAUCAGAUGCUGCCACGUGUCACCGGCUCCUCCCUUCUCUCCUCCGCCUCGUCCUCCUCCUCCUCCUCCUCCUCUACCUCAUCCACCACUCUCACACCCGAGCAGCAAACAGCAGUCUCACAGUACGUCGCACGGGCGGCAAAGCUGUUUGGCGCUGAUGUGGCACCCGCUGAUGUGGCGAUGCCAGACGGGCGCCAGCUGGCGGGGAUCCGGCAGCAGCUGGAGGAGGCGCGGGCGGUGCUGCAGCCCCAUUGGUGGGAGGAGCACUGGGCGGCAGAGGAGGAGGUGGGGGUUGUGGUGGUGGAUGGGGAGGAGGACGAGGAGGAGGCGUGA